AUGUUCAAACCACAGACGAAGUCGGAGUGGGCCUUUCUGGGCACCGCUGCCGCUCAAGCCGGCGUGAACACCGCGCUCCAGCUCUACGUCCUGGACCGCUACCUGCGCUGGGUGAAUCCGAACGUCUAUGAGGUCGCGCGGUCCUACACCAUCCCAGUCACCUUUGCCAUCUUCGUCUUCGGCGUCGUCUACCAGUUUUUGCUGUCGUGGGACUCGCUCACCAGCAAGAACAACAUCCAGCUGUUUGCCCAGGCAAUCUGUAAUGUCUGCCUGUUCGCAUCCGCCAUCCUGCAGUACGAGCAGGUCCAGGAUGUCGUCAAGACCCUGCCCCCGAACCAUGACGGGAACAACAAGCCGCUCGUCAAGCUGGACGUCGACAUAUGGACCCAGAUCCACCCCGCCCUGAUCGCCUCCAUCGCAGUCUUCGCCGCCUGCAGUCUGGCCAUGUGUGGUCUGGCCUACAAGCUCCACAAGCAAUUUGCCUGGGCGUUGUAUAAGGACAUCAACGCCGAUACGAGUCUGAGGUCCCGUUAUUUGAUCUAUCAGGUAUUCCUGGUCAUGCUGAAGCUGUCCUUCUACUUCCUUGUUUCGUUCGUCAUCAUUUACGGUUUCGUGAACGUGCACUACGAACAACCCGAAUUCGCCCUCACCAUGGCCGUCAUUCCCAUCGCCAUGCUCCAGAUCCUCCUCUCCGCCUACGCUGCCAGGAACGAAAACAGGUUUUGGAUGCUGCUCACCGUCCUGGUAUACGCCGGAGGCGUCGCCUACAUAGUCAGCAGGAUCGUCCUCCUUCUCGGCAACGGCCUGCGUUCCAAGACCAUCAUGAAGGACGAGAUGCUCUUCUUCGCCUUCGUUUCGCUGGUCCUCAUCUCCUUCACCCUCGUCUCGUCCAUCCUGACCAUGAUCAACUUCGGCCACGGCCUGAAGCCGCACCACCUCGGCCAGACGGCCAAGAAGGCCCCGCGCGACCCGGAAGAUGCGUAUCGGUUCGAAAGGCUGUCCCACACCGCUCCGCCCCCAGAGUUCCUCACCCCUCGCCGCUUCGCCUUGGAUUGA